CAAGUUAACGUUGCUGCGACUAUCCGAACGCAUCCCGCGCGCGCCAAAUUCAAUUACGAAUUACGAACGCGGAUUACAUUUCACAUUUAUAUUUCCAAUUUUAAAUUUGUUUUUAUUUAUUUAUUUUUAUAUUAUAUUUUUAAGCUGUGUUUUGAUAUUAUGUCAAGUUGACAGAAAAUAGUUGUAAAGUUUGGCGGGUUAAUGUGUGCGAGUGAGAAGGGGGAUAUGGAGAGCCCGGGCGAGGAAACGGGACGGCCUGCGCACCCCCCCGCCCAGCAGCCCAACGGCUCCAAUAAGAUAAUCGGAAGAAACGUGAAUGGGACCAUGGUAGUCACAUCAGCGCCGUCAAACGAAGCCGAGUUACAACUAUAUAGAGUCAUGCAACGCGCCAGUCUGCUCGCCUACUACGAUACUUUGCUAGAAAUGGGUGGGGAUGAUGUCCAACAGCUAUGCGACGCUGGCGAAGAAGAAUUCCUAGAAAUAAUGGCCCUCGUUGGCAUGGCAUCAAAGCCGCUUCAUGUCAGACGCCUGCAAAAAGCGCUGCAAGAAUGGGUCAACAACCCCGCGCUCUUCCAAAUACCAAUCGUCCCAAAUAUCUGUCCCACCGAAAACCCCUUCAUCCAAUGCAACCAAAGACUUCUCAAUAUGCCUACAAUCCCCAAUUUACCUCGUACUGUAGCGUCUCCAGAUAACAAUCGACCUAUGUACAGUCCCUCACCAGGUGCGCCAGAAAACAGUUGUGGUUCAACUGCAUCUGCUGCGAACGCGAGUCCCGUCCACCAAACUACCACGUUCACUAAAAUAGUUCUACCUUCUUCUCCCGCAGCAAGCGCUACCACUCCCGUACCUCCCACUAGAUCUUUUUCACCACAAUCUGUGCCACCAGCUUCAUCAGGAUCUAGUCCUAGUUCUGUAUCCCCUCUUUUAACUCCAGUACUUUUAGACGUUCAUGUGCAGAAGUUAGCGGCAGCAGCUGAGAAGUUAAGCAAGCAUCUACCACAGUUAGAGCCGAAGCCACAGAACACGAAAAAGAAGAUGUGCAAAGACUUGGAGCUAGUGAUGAUGAUGCCAGAGUCAGAUCCGAGGAGGAUGGAAGAAAUAAGGAAAUACGCGGCGAUCUACGGUCGAUUCGAUUGUAAGAGGAAGCCGGAAAAACCGUUGACAUUACAUGAGGUGAUGGUAAACGAAGCAGCAGCGCAGAUGUGCCGCUGCGUGCCCGCGCUGCUCACGCGCCGCGACGAGCUGUUCCCGCUCGCGAGGCAGCUCGUGAGGCGAGCUGGCCUGCAUUACUCCAAACACGGGUUACCCCCCACCCCUUCAGAUGACCGCGACGAGGACGAGACGCCCACAAAACGACCGCGACAGGAAGGGGAGGAAGGUGUCCGAGCCAGUCCUGACGCAGCGCGAAACGCAUCAAACCACGGCUGGUGGGGCAUGAAGACGGAAAGUGAUGAUGCAGACUCCAGGUGUUCGUAUUCCAGCACAAGUACUCCACCACCGGACACAGAGGAGUCCCGCCCGCAGGUGGUGGCGGCGCGGGGGGACAGCAUCAUCGCCGUCGCCAACCCCGCGCUGCAGCCGCUACCCCCGCCACACCCCGCUAGGAACCAUUCCAAUUGACUUGCCGU